GGAAGCGUUUCCGGGGGCGUGAGGCGCCGACGGAGGCUGUGGCGGCGGUUACGGCUUGAAACGGGCCUGGCGCCGGCGACGGAAACUGCCUCUCGGGCGGGCUAUGUGGACGCGGAGCCCUUCGCAGCGCUGAACAAGAUUUGUGAUGAAAUGGAGCCUGGAACAAACUCUUUUCGAGUGGAAUUUCCUGAUUUUUCCAGCACCAUUUUGCAGAAGCUAAACCAGCAGCGCCAGCAAGGACAAUUAUGUGACGUCUCCAUUGUUGUCCAGGGCCACAUUUUCCGGGCACACAAAGCUGUCCUUGCUGCCAGCUCACCCUAUUUUUGUGACCAAGUGCUCCUGAAAAACAGCAGGAGGAUCGUUUUGCCCGAUGUGAUGAACCCCAGGGUGUUUGAGAAUAUCCUCCUCUCGAGCUACACGGGCCGCCUGGUGAUGCCUGCGCCCGAGAUUGUUAGUUACUUAACAGCAGCUAGCUUCCUCCAGAUGUGGCACGUGGUAGACAAGUGCACAGAGGUGUUGGAGGGGAACCCCACCGUGCUCUGCCAGAAGCUCAACCACGGCAGUGACCACCAGUCCCCCAGCAGCAGCAGCUACAACGGCCUGGUGGAGAGCUUUGAGCUGGGCUCCGGGGGCCAUGCCGACUUCCCCAAGGCCCAGGAACUGAGGGACGGCGAGAACGAAGAGGAAAGCACCAAAGACGAGCUGUCAUCUCAACUCACUGAGCACGAGUACCUUCCCAGCAACUCCUCCACCGAGCACGACCGGCUGAGCACGGAAAUGGCGAGUCAGGACGGGGAGGAGGGGGCCAGCGACAGCGCGGAGUUCCACUACACCCGGCCCAUGUACAGCAAACCCAGCAUCAUGGCGCACAAGCGCUGGAUCCACGUGAAGCCCGAGCGCUUCGAGCAGGCGUGCGAGGGCAUGGACGUGCACGCCCCCUACGACGAGCACCAGGUCACCGAGUCCAUCAACACCAUGCAGACGGAGCACUCGGUCCAGCCGUCAGGGGUGGAGGAGGACUUCCACAUCGGGGAGAAGAAGGUGGAGGCCGAGUUCGACGAGCAGGCGGACGAGAGCAAUUACGACGAGCAGGUGGAUUUCUAUGGCUCUUCCAUGGAAGAGUUUGCCGGGGAGAGGUCGGACGGGAACCUACUCGGGCACAGACAGGAGGCUGCCCUGGCAGCCGGCUACAGCGAGAAUAUUGAGAUGGUCACGGGGAUCAAGGAAGAAGCUUCCCACCUGGGCUUCUCCGCCACCGACAAGCUCUAUCCCUGCCAGUGUGGGAAGAGUUUCACUCACAAGAGCCAGCGAGACCGACACAUGAGCAUGCACCUCGGCCUCCGGCCCUACGGCUGUGGCGUCUGUGGCAAGAAAUUCAAGAUGAAGCAUCACCUCGUGGGCCACAUGAAAAUCCAUACUGGCAUAAAGCCGUAUGAGUGUAAUAUCUGUGCAAAGAGAUUUAUGUGGCGGGACAGUUUCCAUAGGCAUGUAACUUCUUGUACCAAGUCUUACGAAGCUGCAAAGGCUGAGCAGAAUACAACUGAGGCUAACUAAAAAUAGGGGCUGGCCCUUGAGUGGCAGGCACAAAAAUAAACUAUGGUAAUUAUGCAAAUCUGGGCACAGAUGAUGCGUGCUACUUGCUAUUAUAAGAGAAGCUUAAAAAAAAAAAAGAAAGAAAGAAAGAAAGAAAAGGAAGAUAUUUUGGAAAGACCAGCUCUAAGUAGGCCAAUUAAAAAACCUAAUUCCUCAAAUCUGUGUGUUCCAGUUCAGGCCUGGCGUGGGUGAGGGGGGUGAGUUGGACCCACCUCCCAGCUGGCAAGGUAAACCUCUGGGCCCAUUGAGAGUUGAGUGGUGGACUUGGUUCUAGAAAUGCCAGCACUUGGAACUGAACUCCAGUUGACCAGUUCCGUUUGAGGUGGCAGCAGUUUCUGAUCACUUACUCAAGGUCAUGUUAAAGUUUUAUUUUGUUCUUACUAUAGAUACUUAAGAUAAUGUGGGGGGGAUUUUUUUUUUUGACAGCUGCUUUCCUGAAUGAAAUGCUACUUAAUGUAAAAACGACAAAUAAUGUGAGUCCUCAGAUGCGAAGUUGAUUAACAGAGCUCUCUUGCUCAUUUUGUUCUUCCUAAAUGGUAUUUUCAUUAAAACUCUGGAGCUACUAGGAACGUGACAUUCUAAAUAUGAAACAAAUAGUGAAUGGUACAAGCUUCCAUUUCUGUCAGAUGCCACUGUCACAAUGUUGUAGACUCUUGAUCAGGCAGAACUUUGUAUCUUUGUAUUAACACUGACUUUGAACAGCUGUGUCUCGCUGUAGUUCUCUCGGUGCCAGGGAUAGGCUUUCUCACCGGGGUGUUUUCCCAGACCCUGUUUGCGAAUGGUAGCGUCUGCACCCUGAGAUCGGCUUUGUGGCCGUGGGGUUCCUGCCAGCUGGGAGUGACCACGGCACCAUUGCCGCCCCAGCCCUGGGCCGUCCUUGGUCAUGGUGCUUCCCAUAGCGGUCAGUCAACCAGUGACCGCAGUGGGAGGGAAAGAGCCAGAAGCCCUGGCUGAGUGGCCUGUGGAUGGCAGGCUAUGUGGGCACGACAGGGGGUCAGAGUGAGCUACCCAGUAGCAGAAUUUUAAUUGGCAGGUUUCACUUGGGAAGCAAAAGAAAACACUGCCCGGGGAAGAGCCUUGAAAAUACACUGGUAUGGGAGAUGAUUCUUUUUUUUUUUUUUUUUAGAGGGCUACACUGAAACUAAUACUGCCGAAGUCUUGGUGUGGGAUUUUUUAAGGGCGGGAGGAAGAAUCUUGGCCACAGAUAAAGGAGUCUGCAGGCGUGUGCUCCCGGACCAAAGCUACAGCUGAGUGCAGUUAGAAGUCCGAGCGACUCUACCUACCAAAAUCAGAAAGCAGCUAUUCGGAGACUUUUUCUGCCCAUCAGAGUUGAGGUUUUUUUUAAAAAAAAAAGCGCAUAUAUAUUCAGGAUACUUUUAAGCUGUGUAACAUACCUUGAAAUUUUACCAGGGUAGGACAGGGUGCUACUGUUUGUCGACUCUUCUGUAAAUUACUGGUCUGUUACUUCUAAGUGAGAAUUCCCCCCCCCCUUCCCUUAAGUAAGAAUAGCUUUUGGAUUUGGGGUAAAAUUUUGUUUUAAAAGUUUGGCUUUGCUCUAAUGUGAUUAACAUUGCUGGCAAAGGCCUCUGAUCCUCGAGUUCCUACCAGACAAGGCUUUUCACUUGUUGAAUGAAUGAAUACUGUCUGGGGAGGGAAAGCAAAUACUUACCAGUUAACUCUUGUAAUCAAGAUUACAAAACAGGGAUCUCUUCAUUAACACUGUAUCAUUCUUGAGAUAUAUAUAUGUAUGUGUGUAUAUAUACAUAUAUAUAAGCACUUUGUAUUUAAAACUUUAUUAUAAAUAUAAAAAUAUAUAUAUUGAUUUUUUAACCUAGAAACUAGAUAUUACCUCUUGGUUGUUUGCCACAUUAAUAUCCUCGUGUUGAGACUUUACCAGUAAACAGUCCCUUUCUCUGUGUACCUGACAGAGUGGCAGAGGUGACUGUAUAAUUAAGCUCAGUUGCUCCUUCUCUUAUUUCUCAUGUUAGGAACCAGUGGGUUUUACGUAUGAUCCUAGCCACUAAGUGUGAGGAGAAAUUUGUUGUUCCCACCCGUUGCAGUACUUAAGGCAGUGACACCAUUUUUGUUCUGCUAAGACGUUUUCCAAGUGGGUGGCCUCGAACCAAGACGCUUGUCCCCUGCUGAGACUUUCCUGCUUCUCCGGUCCCAGUGGGGAAGGGCCUCAAGGCCCCGCCACGGUGGUUAAUGCUGGCUCCCGCACGGGCUCUCAGGGCGAGACAGACAGGCUCGGGGUCCGCCCGGGGAGUGGAGGUCUCUCCGUCGCAGACGCCAGAGCCGUCCCAGCCUUGCCGGGCCCUGCCUGUUGGUCCUGACUUCCAGAACUCACCUUGCUUCCAGAGAGGGUCUUCUCUGUCCCAGGGCGAAGGUGCUGUACGAACCCCCCCCCCCCCCCCGAAUCACCGACUCUGCUUUGCUUGGUUGGUCUCAGCGGCUCUGACGCGGGGAGGCGCCACGCUCGCGCCCCCGAGUUGCUGGCCGCGUAGUGGAGGCCAUGCCGCGGGUUCCGGGAGCAGCCCGUCCCGUGCAGGCUUCAGUGCAUCUCUGGUGACGGCGGCGGGCUGGACGCGGCAGCACCUGCCUGGGCCCGCGGCUAGGUCGCACAGGCCAAUGACCAAGGUUGCUUCCCUGGGUGAAAGCAGGGCUAGCAGGUGGGGGCUCUUCCUUCGCUACUGCGUUUCUAAAGGUGCCCGUGUCUUAGGCCGAGUCCCUCCUGGUAGUGCCCUGUGGGAAGAUGCUGGAACACAUUUGGCCAGUGUGACUCCCUCCCUCUGUGUCCUCAGUUUGCUUGCAAAACCCGUGUCACAAUGUCCGCUGCUGCCGGCACCUUUCACUUCGAUGAGGUUCCCCGGGCUUCUUCCAGAGAAUUCCUUUAUUUAUGCAAGUCAGGUGACUCUUAGAUCAUAAAAUCAUUUGAUGAUGAACAGAUUAUCACUAGGUGCAUAUCUUAUUGAUAUUUGGUGAAAUGUUCUGCCUGUGUCGCAAAAAGCCGACUCGUUUUGUCUCUCUCGCUGUCUUCGGUGUACAGCAUGGUUUUACUUAACUGGAUGUUGCUGUUUCCGAUUUUCUUCUUAUAGAAGAGACCAUGCCCUUUUGUAUGACAUGUUUUAAUAAAUGUUACCUGUCAACUUUGUAAA